UGUGUAUUUAAGCAGAAGGAACGUAUCCGUGAGUACCUUCCUCUAAAGUCAGCCGUCCGUUCAUACCUCACAGACAGCAUCUCUAUUCAGCCAUGUCUUUCUCUGGCAAGUGGGAGACUGAAACUCAGCAGGGAUAUGAUGACUUCUGCAAACUUCUCGGUAUCCCCGAUGAUGUGAUUGAGAAGGGUCGUGAUUACAAGCUUGUGACAGAAGUGGUUCAGAAUGGCAACGAGUUCUCUUGGACUCAGCAUUACCCAGCCAAACACAGCGUCACCAACAAAUUCAUCAUCGGUAAGGAGUGCGACAUGGAGACGAUCGGAGGAAAGAAGUUCAAGGCAACCGUCACCAUGGAAGGGGACAAGCUGAGGACACAAUUCCCCAACUACAACCACAUAGUCGAGAUCAGCGGAGGGAAACUGGUUGAGACUUCCACAGCCACCUCAGCUAAAGGUCCGGUCGUCCUCAUCCGGACCAGCAAGAGAGUCUAAACGCAUCACCAUGCUUGUGUAUGACAUUACCAACAUAUUCAAUAAACAUUGAAAUAAAAUCUCUUCAUGUGCUUA